UCGGAAAGACUGAAACAUAAUCUUCACUUUUCAGUGACUCAGCGAGCCUGGUACACGACCAGAUAUUUGUUUCAGGGCUACAAGAUGACAAUGGCAUCUAUCAAGCCCAUUCAAACUAUGCGUGGCCACUGAGCCGGAUCUUGAAGAUUGAAUGCAUGUUUGGCACGGUACCUAUCCAUCUGAAUCCCCACCUAGAGGCAACAGGUUACACGUCUCGCCUCCCUCAAAUGCACUUAUAGCGCACGGAUUUUGCACGGCUUUGACUUUCCAUUUCUCCCAGCACUGCGCCUUUUGCACAUGCCUCUCACCAUGGUGGAACAUAACGGCCUGGAUAUUAUGUGUCCGAACAAGUAUAGCAACAGCUCCUCGUCGUCGUCCAGCUCCGAGCAGGACAAGAAGAUCUUCAGCAAACUAAAAAUCAGUUUGUCCGAAGACUAUCCGAAGAAGAACGCGGAGUUCCUGAGCGGGCAAUACGGGACCAAUCUGCUGUUGAUCGGGGCGGCGUUGAUGCUUGCCAUCGCAAACAAGAACCCCUCCGUUAAAGAAGAGGAUCUGCGGUCCUUCACUACCUGCCUCAUGAUCCUCCAGCUGCUCUGGAUGAUGUGGUACAUCUUGGUACGGGACAGGCAAAAGAGCGUGCCGCCAGAAAAAGAUGUACACGCCACCUCAGGCUGGAUAAGAGGUGGUUUGACCCUUCUUGCACUCCUUUCACUGAUUAUGGAUGCUUUCCGAAUUGGGCAAUAUGUUGGUUUUCAACCUUGUGUGUCGGCGGUGCUCGUGGUAUAUCCUGUCAUCCACGCAACUCACACUAUGGCACAGGUGCAUUUUCUCUGGUUUCACAUCAAGGAUGUCAUCAAGAGCUUUGAAACAUUUGAGAGAUUUGGUGUAAUCCAUGCAGUCUUUACCAACAUCCUCCUGUGGUGCAGUGGUGUGAUGUCAGAGGCUGAACACUUCCUGAACAACCAUAAGAGGAGACUUUCUGCCCUGGGCCUCAUAAACCUCACUACAGAGUACUCAGAACCACAAUGUAACUGCACCACCAGCACAUGCUCCAUGUUCGCCACCAGCCUCUACUAUCUCUACCCCUUCAAUAUUGAAUACCACAUUUUUGUUUCUGUCUUGCUUUUCGUGAUGUGGAGAAAUAUUGGACGCACCAUUGACCUCACUUCAAACCAUAAAAGGCAGGUUGCCAAAAACCGGGGCUUGAUCUUAGGUCCUCUUGUGGGUCUACUUGCCCUGGCCAGCAGUAUCGGAAUACUGGUGGUCUACGUUACUCAUGUAGAGAAGUCAAUCCAGAUGCGAAGGUCAGCCGUUUCCAUGUUCUACAUUUAUGCCAUCGUCAUGCUGACGGUCAUGUGCUGCGCCGGUGCUUCGGGUCUGCUUAUAUACCGAGUGAACCACAUGCCGCUGGACACCUCCAAGAACCCGUCAAGACAGCUGGACACGGAGGUGCUGUUUGGAUCCUCCAUUGGCUCCUGGUUCAUGUCAUGGUGCAGCAUAGUGUCUGUGCUAAGCACCGGAAGCAACCCUCCUUACCGCUGGACAAAUUUGGUCUACUCUCUGUUUAUUGUGUUGGAGAAAUAUGUCCAGAAUCUCUUCAUCAUAGAGUCUUUGUAUCGCCAGCAAGAGGAUAGAGAGAGGCAGGACCCAGAGUUACCAGCUGCUCCAGAAGUCUUCUCUGUCACUUCCUCUCUCGCUCCGCCGUACAAUGGCAUCAUCAACCGAACUUUUGAAUCUCCAGACAGGAGCUGUGUCUCUACUGAGAGCGAGCAGGAGGAGAGUGAGCAGGUUUAUGGAUGCCCACGGAAACAUUCAGAUGUGCCAGCGCCUGUGGGAAACGAAACAGUGGAACGCCCAAAUAUAAAGAGGCAGAUCCUGAAGAAUAUUGCUGUUUUCCUUAUUAUGUGUAACAUUUCGCUGUGGAUUCUUUCUGCCUUUGGCUGCAGGCCACAGUAUGACAACGGACUGGAAGAGGAGACAUAUGGCUUCAGCAUAUGGAGCACAGUUCUCAAUUUUGCCAUCCCUUUGAACCUUUUCUACCGCAUGCAUGCAGUUGCCUCCCUCUUCGAGGUGUUCUCCAGAGUCUGACAAAAUAGCAGAUGACUGACAAUGGCAACAUGCACACGAACACUUGUCACCACUGGCUCUCGAGAGUGUGUCACAGCGCAGGUCAACCAUUCAGGAGGCAGUCUGGAUCACAGUCCAACAGACUUGAAAGUAAUCUGUGGAGACAAACGUUGAUCCCUCACUGUGGGGAUUGCAGAGGAGGACAAACCUAUUAGACCUGGUUCCUUAAAGAAUUAGCUUGUGUAAUGCAAGGGUUGUUAAAGCUAGUGAUGAAAAAAA